ACACAUACAUAGCAGAAGACCAUGUCACAAUGCCACCAUCCAGCAGUGCAGAGGACCAGUCCGAGUUCACCCACCCCAUAAAACCAUGGUCCACCGGCCGAGUCCUCAGCCGAGCCCAAAGAGAGCGCAAACGUCAAAUGAACCGAGCCUCUCAAUCCAGACGACGCAAGAAUCUAAAAACCACAUUAAAGUCCAUGGAAACGCGUCUAUUCCAGAUUGAGCAACGAUGUCUAACAUUCUUAUCUAAUCCUGCUGCUGGGGUGGAGUAUACAUUCAACGAUUGCAUAAGUGCCACGGGAAACGAAGGGACCAGUCUUCGAGAUCUUUUAAAUGAUAUACUUGGUAGUAUAUAUCACAUCAACCCUCGUCAGGUCUGCACAAAUGAUCAAUUCAAUCAGGAUGCUGUGAUUCGUGGGGUUAUCUUGGGAUGGCAUGUCCUGCAGCGAGAGAGUCUUAUUUGUCCCAUAUGGAGUAUUUUGAGGCGUCUUGAUGCGCUUCUUAUGAUGCAUGCUGCGGUUCCUACUAGAUUGGCACUAUUGCGUGGGUUGAAUUCGAUGCUUUUGGGACGGAGGCUCUGUGAUAGACCACCUCCUCUUCCAUCCUGGUUUAGACCAAGCAAAUUCGAUUCUCCAAGUUCCGAAAACGUAGUUAACGACUACUUUGCCUGGCCCCGUUUCCGCGAACGACUAAUAACAUCCAACAACCCAUCCCUCACAAACCGAUUCUGGCUCUACUUCACCCGGAACGUACAAUUCGAAUGGAAUCUUUCUCCUGCAGAUACGAUAGAUAUAGAGCCCGACACUGGGAAGUAUCGAUUAACCAUGACGUUUAGGGAUGCUACUGAUGAGAUUCAGAGGUAUACGAUGGGGAAUGAGUUCUUUGAGGCGUAUCCGGAGUGUUUUGGGGAUGUUUAUGGGUUAUGAUAUUAUAGUAUUUGAUUUCUUGUAUAUUAGAUUAGCCUUUUGAUGAUUAGCUGAGAAGUUAUUGGGUGAAU